UCUUGGAGAUUCCGAUCUGCUGCAGCUGGUGUGCCGACCCUGGCUGGGAACGGCGCGGGGCCCAGAGUAGGUGGGUGCCGAGGGCCCAGCGCACCAGGGAAGCUGAGGUCGUGGGGCCGGCGCUUUCUCCCGUCUCCCGCUGCAUUCCUGGGGCUGGCGGCGUUCCCUGGGCGGAAGAACAGCAAAUAUGUAUUAAGGGAGGCCUUCUUCGUGCCAUGUACUGGGACUACAAGAAUGAAUUAAGUACCACCUGUUGCACAUGGAUAAAUACCUCUGGAGAGGUAGAAAUUCAGUUACACAAGAUUUGAAACAAAUCUGUAUUCAUGAAGAGUGACUGCAUGCAAACCACAACAUGUCAAGAAAGAAAAAAUGAUCCAAUAGAAAUGCUUCAUUCUGGGCAGCUGGUAAAAGUCUGCGCCCCAAUGGUGCGAUAUUCAAAGAUGAUCUUUUCUAUACCUACAAAAAAUCCUGCUGGAUUUUCCAUAAGAAUUGUAUGAAAAUGCAUAUCAAUUUGGGGAGAACUGAAUUCCCUACUGCGUUGAGUCUCCUCAUGAACACGGUAUGUCUCUCCAUUUAUUUAGAUCUUCUUUGAUUUCUUUCAUCAGUGUCGUAUAGUUUUCAACGUACAUUUUCUGAACAUAUUUUGUAAGGCUUACACUCCAGUUAUUGUACUUUUAAUUUCAGCGUCCAUGUGUUCAUUGCUGGUGUAUAGAAGUAAAAUUGCUUUUUGUGUGGUGACCUUACAUUAUAUGAAUUUGCUAUGUUUACUUAUUGGUUCUAGGACGUCCCUCUUACAAAUUCCUUAGGAUUAUCUAAGUAGACAAUCAUGUCAUCUGCAAAUAGAGAUAGUUUUACUUCCUCCUUUCCAUCAGAUGCCUUUUGUUUCUUUUUCAUGCCUUAUUGCACUGACUAGAAGUUGCAGCACUGUACUGAAUAAGAGUGAUGAGAGCAGACAUCUUUCCCUUGUUCUUGAUCUGGGGGGAAAGUAUUCUUUCACCUAUAAUUGGGUUGGCCAAAAAGUUCAUUUGCGUUUUUCCAUAAGAUCUUACGGAAAAUAUAUAUAAAGAUCCUAAUAUAAUAUUAAGUGUAGAAUUUUUUGUGGAUGUCCUUUAUCAGGUUGAGAAAGUUCCCUCUAUUCCUGUUUUCCUGAGAGGCUUUUUUUUUAAAUCAUGAAUGCUGUUUUGUCCAGUGCUUUUUCUGCAUCAAUUGAUACAAUCAUGUGUUUUUUUUUUUCUUUAGUCUGUUAAUGUGAUGGAUUACAGUGAUUGAUUCUGAAUAUUGAAACUUCUGUUUUAACUAGCUUUUUCUGACACCACCACAGCAGGGGAAGGACGAGAAAGCACCACCUCAUUACUCUCAGGUGGAGGUAGAAGCCUAGGUUUUCCACUUGGUCUCCUUUGACACCCCGGGGGCACGAGGCUCCUCAUUACUGCUGAGCAGGGGUGAGAGUUCCAGCUCCCCAUGCAGGGGGUGGCCUGGUAACUGCUGGGCAAUGAUGAAAGUCCUGGCUCUUCACUAAGCAUUCUCUGACACUACUCCCGGAGAAAGGGAGAAGGGCACCUCACUGCUGCAGGGUUGGUGUGGAAUUCCAGGCUCCCCAGAUGGUCUCCGCUGAUACCCUCCUUGUUACUGGCCAGCAGGGAUUAAAGUCCCAGCUCCCUACCUGGCCUUCUCUAACACCACCGUGGAGGGGUGUUGGAGAACUUUGUGACAGCUUUGGAACGGUACAAGUGUAAGCUCCCCACUCGACUUUCGCUUGUGGAGGUGAGGGCCACAGUUUUUUCGCUGGUGUUGGGCUGGAGUAGAGCCAUUAUUAUUUUAAAGCUUGCUAGGCUGCCCCUUUCUUGGUGCUUUGGCUAGAGAGCAGGCUUUUGCUGGGGCUGUUUUUGUCUGCACCCAUUGCUAUUUCCAGGUUGCCAGCUUCUUCAGCUUCAAAUCUGGGAUAUUUGAGGCAACGAGAAAACCCAGGGAACUCACCAUUGUCGUUCCUUAGGUCCUGCCCGAGGUCACUAGCCUGCCUGCUCUCUUCUCGCCGCCUUUCAGAGUUUCCAUACGUUUGUUUUGUAUAUGAUAUCCAGAGCUCUUAGUUAUACUAAGCAGGAGUGAUAGGGAAGAGUACAUCUACUGCACUUUCCCAUAGGCAGAACUUUUCUCUAAUAAAUAUUAAAUAUUUAAUAAUUAACUAAACUAAACUCUGAUUAUGGUGCUUUCUAAAUGCCUAAUUAAAGUUUUAUAUGCUCUCAGGUUGGCUUUUAGAACACUGGUAAGAAAAUACAGUUGCGAUCUGUGCUAUACGCCAAUGAUAGUUGCUGCUGAUUUUAUCAGAUCUAUAAAAGCCAGAGACAGUGAAUUUACCACAAACCAAGGUGAUUGCCCAUUGAUUGUUCAGUUUGCUGCUAAUGAUGCAAGAAUUUUGUCUGAUGCUGCUCGUAUAGUCUGUCCUUAUGCGAAUGGAAUAGACAUUAACUGUGGUUGUCCUCAGAGGUGGGCAUUGGCAGAAGGUUAUGGAGCUUGCCUAAUAAACAAUCCAGAGCUUGUUCGAGACAUGGUGAAACAAGUAAGAAAUCAAGUGGAAAAUCCCAGAUUUUCAGUAUCUAUUAAAAUAAGGAUCCAUGAUGACCUUACAAGAACUGUAGAUCUUUGUCGAAAGGCUGAAGCGACAGGGGUUUCCUGGAUUACAGUCCAUGGAAGAACUGUUGAAGAAAGGCAUCAGCCAGUUCACUAUGAGGCCAUUAAAAUAAUUAAGGAAAAUAUGUCUAUACCUGUAAUUGCUAAUGGAGACAUCAGAAGCUUAAAAGAAGCAGAAAAUGUGUGGCAUAUUACUGGGACAGAUGGUGUGAUGGUUGCAAGAGGACUCUUAGCCAACCCGGCCAUAUUUGCUGGAUAUGAGGAAACCCCACUGAAAUGCAUCUGGGACUGGGUUGACAUUGCUCUUGAACUUGGAACUCCUUAUAUGUGUUUCCAUCAACAUUUAAUGUACAUGAUGGAAAAGAUAACUUCGAGGCAGGAAAAAAGAAUAUUUAAUGCUUUGUCAAGCACAUCAGCAGUCUUAGAUUACCUUACAGACCAUUAUGGGAUUGACUGGACUCCCUAAAUUAUUUUCUAUCUUCAGUGAAACCACCCAGGGUCACAUCUUGGUUUUCACUUUGAAUCAGUGGCUCUCAAACAUUAGUAUAAAAACAAUGCCCUGACAGAAUUUUUAAAACUCAUUCUUAGACCAUAUCCUCAGAGAUUCUGAUUCAGUAAAUCUCUAGGGUGGACCCAAAAUUUAGUUUUAAAGAAGACCCCAGGUGGUUCAAACAGACAAACAUUGCUCUGAAUCCUAUUAUGGAUUUAAAACUGUAAGAAUUUUUUUCUUAAAGGAAUCAUGUUUUUAACAUUUUUCAAUAAAUAAAACUUUUUAUUUUGAUACUAAAAGUAUGACUCAUGGUAUCUGUAAGUUAACAUUAGGUAUGUUUUAAAUGAAAAUAAGAGAAAAGUGUGAACAAAUUCCAACAUCUGUAUAAAAUGAAAAGGAACAAGAAAUUCUGUAUAGAAUUGCAU